GGGAAAACACUUAGGAGCUUCCGGACUACAUUUCCCAGGAGGAACUGAGACAUGCUCCUCCUUGACCUCCCAUGAGUCUCUGGGCUCAGAACUCAGCCUCCGCCUCUGGGGGCGGGGCAACGCCGGAGUGCCGGAUUACGCACUUCCUUCUGGGGUUCGGAGGCCGAACCCUUGUGUGGCGGGUUCGAGUCCCGCCCCCUGACUCUCGGCUCUAGACCCUGAGUCUGGGGCGGGGUGCAUUCGGCCGGGUUACCUCUCCAAGCCGAGGGGGGACGGCACACCUCGGGCUUCACCAUGGAGGACUACCUGCAGGAUUGUCGAGCCGCUCUGCAGGAGUCCAGGCCUCUACAUGUUGUGCUGGGCAAUGAAGCCGGUGACUUAGACUCCAUGGUGUCUGCUCUCGCCCUGGCCUUUUACUUAACAAAGACGGCGGGGGCAGGAGAGAUCUUUAUACCGGUGUUAAACAUAAACCGUGCUGAGCUUCCUCUACGCGGGGACAAUGUCUUCUUCCUCCAGAAGCUUCAGAUUCCAGAGUCUGCGCUGGUUUUCAGGGAUGAGAUCAACCUCCACGCACUGCACCAGGCUGGCCAGCUCACCCUCAUCCUUGUUGACCAUCACGUCUUACCCAAAAGUGACGCUGCUCUGGAGGAGGCGGUAGCAGAGGUGCUGGACCAUCGACCAAUUGAGCAGAAAUACUGUCCUCCCUGUCAUGUUUCAGUUGAGCUGGUGGGGUCCUGUGCUACCCUGGUGGCAGAGAGAAUCCUCCAGGGGGCGCCAGAGAUCUUGGACAGACAAACUGCCUCCCUACUGCACGGUACCAUCAUUCUGGACUGUGUCAACAUGGAUGCAAAAGUUGGAAAGGCAACCCCAAAGGACAGCAAAUACGUAGAAAAGCUGGAGGCCCUCUUCCCAGACCUUCCCCAGAGAAAGGACAUCUUUGAUUCUCUGCAAAAGGCAAAGUUUGACGUCUCGGGCCUGACCACUGAGCAGAUGCUCAGGAAAGACCAGAAGACCAUCUACAGACAAGGCACCAAGGUGACCAUCAGUGCAAUCUACAUGGAUUUGGAGGCCUUUCUGCAGCGGCUGGACCUCCUGGAAGACCUCAGUGCUUUCUGCCAUGAGCACAGCUAUGAUGCCCUGGUUGCCAUGACUAUCUUCUUCAACACUCAGAAUGAGCCAGUACGACAAUUAGCUGUUUUCUGUCCCCACUCGGCACUUCGAAUGACAAUCUGUGGCGUCCUGGAGCAGUCCACCUCCCCAGCCUUGAGGCUGACCCCCAUCCCGAGCCUCUUCCCUGACCUCCAGACCUAUCUUCAAGGCAACACCCAGGUCUCUCGCAAGAAACUUCUGCCUGUGCUCCAGGAAGCCCUCUCAGCCUACUUUGACUCAAGGAAGAUGCCUCCGGGGCAGCCUGAGGUAGUGGGAAUGUCCAGGGAGCAGGCGGACAAGGAACUGGACAGGGCAGGUAACUCCCUGAUGGCUGGACUGAGUCAGGAUGACGAGGACCCUCCGCUGCCCCCCACGCCCAUGAACAGCUUGGUGGAUGAGUGCCCUCUGGAUCAGGGGCUGCCUAAGCUGUCAGCCGAGGCUGUCUUUGAGAAGUGCAGCCAGAUCUCGCUGUCCCAGUCCGCCAGAGUCUCCCCAUCAAAGAAGUGACUGUUGGGAGGGUGGGGAGAGUGGAGGAGGUGGCUGCCCACCUCAGGUGCAUGUUUGGAGAUGUCUGACCAUUUCAGCAAGCGUGUCUGUUGCUCCAGGAUCUGGUGUACUGUUCUCCUAAAGCUGGGAGGGAAGAAAGCAGCUGCUGUGAGAAUGGCUUCCUGCCUCUCCCAGCCAGUCUCUACCAGUCAGACAAGUUUUAUUAUUUUAUUAUUUAAUCUGCACUGAUUUUCCUCUGUUCGAAUUUUGAUGGGUCUGGUGUGAUAUGCCACUGUCCUAGCAGAACGGGACUGAAGGAAUGUAGACCCCAUCUUCAUGUCUUCAGAAGGCCCAUGGGCAGAGCCAGGAUCUGUCAGGAAACCAACUACUUGUCUUCUUGAAUUCUCCGUUUCAUUUUUUAAAAGUUCUUCUUGAGACAGAGACCCGUGUAGCCCAGACUUGCCUUGAACUUUGUAUGUGUCUGAGGCAAGCCUUGAACUCCUAAUCCUCCUGAGUGGAAUUGUAGUCACGUAUAACCAACCAUACCUGACUAGUCUCUCAUCUUUUUUUUUGUUUGUUUGUUUUGUUUUUUUGAGACAGGGUUUCUCUGUAGCUUUGGAGCCUGUCCUGGAACUCACUGUAAACCAGGCUGGCCUCAAACUCACAGAGAUCCGCCUGCCUCUGCCUCCUGAGUGCUGGGAUUAAAGUCGUGUGCCACCACUGCCAGCCUCGUGUCUCAUCUUGCACCUGUAGCUGGACUUUCUAUUUCUUUGCCUGCUUCUGUCCCAGGGUCACAGGAAGCCUGAGGAGACCCAGAGCAUCAAGAGGUUCUUGGCUUCAUGGAGCAACCAGAAAGGCUGUUAGUACCUUGUAGGCAUUUUUUUUCCUAGGAGGGCAGAACUUGAUUGGGCCAUGGAUGUCUCCCGCCUCAGUGGCUCUGGCAGGUUCUCGUCUGUCUUUUCUGGUGUUGCUCAUGAUAAAGAAAGCAUGGGUGGGUCUUCUGGUGAGACAUUUUCCUAUCUGUAAAUGAGGGUUAGGAGUAGAUGUCCCGGUACCCUUGACCUGCCCCCUCUUUCUGUCAGCCUGUCCCUUCUCUGCUGUCUUCCCUGGGAGUGCUCAGAGUUGCUGGAUUGUGUGUGUUUAUUUGUGAUUGUACCAAGGGACUUAGCCUCAUGUAGCAUGUACAGGGAUACAUCAUGACCCGGCAGCGAGCUCUCUCCCAGUGACUGGUCUGCAUGUGUGGUCUCUCCCUCUCCCCCUUUUUUUCAGCCAGCCUAUUUUCCCUGUUCUUACCCCAUUUAAAUUGCAAACAAUAUUGAUGAACUGUAGGAUGUGGUGGUUUGGGGCAACCCGACUUCACUUUAGGGUACGAUGUCUGUAGCCAUUGGGAACGUGAACUAUUGGUGCGAUCACUGAACCAAAGGGAUUGUGUCCUGUGACUUUGGUACUUUGUUUUGCAUUUUUGUUUUGUAUUAAAUACUUUCUUCCUGUUUGA